CACUAGGAAAUAGCAUGUACCAUUUCCUGCAUGGAGUGUAGCCGCUACCAGUGUUGACGUGGCCCUAGCUGUGUACGGCGCCGGCUGUUCGGUGUGUAGUCAGCGGCGGAAUCAUGAGUGAGCAUCACAAGCAGGACAUUGCCGCCAUCUUCAAGCGGCUCCGCUCUAUCCCUACUAACAAGGCUUGUUUUGACUGCAGGGCCAAGAACCCGAGCUGGGCCAGCAUCACAUAUGGCGUCUUCUUGUGCAUCGACUGCUCAGGGACACACAGGUCUCUUGGUGUUCACCUCAGUUUUAUCAGAUCGACUGAACUGGAUUCCAACUGGUCGUGGUUCCAGCUGCGGUGUAUGCAGGUUGGAGGAAAUGCAAAUGCAACGAUAUUCUUUCGACAACAUGGCUGUACCACAAAUGAUACAAACGCCAAAUACAACAGCCGUGCCUCAAAUCUGUAUAGAGAGAAGAUUAAGACCCUGGCAACACAGGCGACAAGGAAGCAUGGCACUGAUCUCUGGAUCGACACCUGCGGAGCUCCACCACUUUCACCCAAGGAGAAGGAAGAAGACUUCUUUGCGUCUCAUGUCGAGGUCAGUAAUACAGACUGGGAUGAUCUUCAGAAUCAAGAUGAAUCCAUAACUCUGGGCACACCACAGCCUAUCCCUGACAGCAAAGAAGUUUCAGGUGAAUCAGAAGCUGGGCCAAGUGUCGACAUUCUCAGCAUGUCCCCCAAGGCUGCACUAGCUGAUUCAGGGACUUUAGUGUCUGCAGGAAGCGCUGCACCUGCCACAGAGGGCAGUUCAAUUAUGAAGAAGAAACCAGGAGCAGCAAAGAAAGGGCUUGGGGCCAGGAAGGCGGGUCUGGGGGCCCAUAAAGUGAGCAGUAAGAGCUUCAGCGAGAUUGAGAAGCAAGCCAUCGCCGUAGACAAGAUAAAUGAGCAGGAGAAUGCAAACCUAAGCAAGAAACCCGAGGAGCCCAUAGUCUCUUCUCUACGUCUGGCUUACAAGGAUCUGGAAAUUCAGAAACAGAAAGAUGACGAAAAGCUGAAGAACAUGCCUGCGAAGAAGAAAGCUGAAGCAGAAAGGCUCGGGAUGGGUUUUGGAAAUCGAACGGGGAUCUCACAUUCUGUUCUCUCUGAAAUGCAAACUAUUGAGCAAGAAGCCCCAAGGGCCUCCAAACCAAAGAAGAUUUAUCAAGAAGAUACCCCGAAUGACUACUUCUUCAGCAGUAGCAGUUCCCGGUCUAGAUACCAUGAGGACCCCCCAGAGCCAGUCAGUAGCUCAUUUCUGAACUGGGAUGACCGUUCCGAUGAUUUCUGGAAGAAGGAAACGUCCAACGAUGACUAUGACACAACACUAAGCUCAAAGAUGACCAGCUACGAUGACCGACCAGCAACUCGCCGUAAGCCUGAUCUGGAACCUGCUCCUGUGUCGGAUGAUGCCCAGAAAAAAUUUGGAAAUGCAAAAGCGAUUUCUUCAGACAUGUACUUUGGCAAACAGGACAAUGCAGAUUACGAAACGAGGGCUCGGCUGGAGAGACUCUCAGGAAGUGCAUCAAUCAGCUCUGCUGACCUGUUUGAUGAUCACAAGAAACAGCCUUCAGCAAAUUACAACCUGUCCAACGUCUUGCCUUCAGCUCCUGACAUGGCCAACUUCAAACAAGGAGUGAAAUCUGUAGCAGGGAGACUUUCUGUACUGGCCAAUGGUGUUAUGACGACUAUUCAGGAUCGGUAUGGAUCUUAACCCUCCCCCUCCCCAUACAUUGAAGUCGCAAUUGGUACAUACCCGGGACAUGUACUGUGCUUACCCCCUCCUCUGAGUGGGCCGAAAAGGACAACACCUCAGUGUCCCUGCAUGGGAGGGAGAUUCACACAUUCAUUGUGCCUUUAACUAAUUGGAUGGCGUGCAUUGUGGGAAAGUCUGAGCUUUUAUUUUAGUUUUUGCUACAUUAAUAAUAUAGAUGAACCUCAUGUCUGUAUUUACAGUCAUUACCCUACAGUCCUGUAACUGUUGAGGUUUGUGUGGCUGUGUCGCCUUUCAAAUAUUUGCAACGAAGGUGGUAUGAGUUGUGCCAUCAGGUAUAACAGGCAUAGAAGUGAAUCUGUGUAAACAUAAUUAAGGGGGAAAAAAUAGAUAAAAAUAUUUUUAAAAAAAUUAUUCCUGUAAUAGGGCCUUAUUAAAUCUGGAUUAUCAGAUGUCCAGAAAGAGACUAAUAAAUGGGCUGUCCACAUUACAAGAAUGUGUCCGGUAUCCGCAGGAUAGAGGAUAAGUGAGUGGGGGUACGACUGCUGGGGUCCCCUUCCAUCACGAGAACAACUCCCCAUGUUCGCCCGUUUGAAUGGAGCGGUGGUCUCACAUGUGUGUUGCUGCUCCAUACAGCUUUAUGUCCGAGAAAGCCAAGAGCUUGUACUUGGCUAUCUCAGAUAGUCAUACUCAUGGAGUUGAAUGAAGUGGCAAAACACAUGUGACAGCCGCUCCAUUCGAACAAGGAACCACGGGAACUUGUUCUCUUGAUGAUCGGGUGGCCCCAAAUGGUCGUACUACCGCUAAUCAGACAUUUAUCCUCUAUCCUGUGGAUAGGGGCCAAGUUCUUUACCGUAACGGUACAACCCCUUUAAAUUAAUCUGCACAAUUAGUAUCUAUUCAGUUCUCUACCAGAGACGUUUGUCAGAUGAGCCGAAUUUCUGGAUUAUCAAAUGCCAGAUUAAAGGGCUUUUACUGUGUGCGUAUAUGUGUUUAUAUAAUUCAUUUUGUGUUAGAUUUUCGGGAUGAUUAUAAUGGGGUGUAGUGGGACUGCAUAGACCAAAGGAUAAAUGCUCCUCAGGUAUAUGGCGAU